AUGGCGCAGUUCAGGUUAUCCAGGUUUGACGACAGUGGAGACGAGGAACAACCAACAUUCUCUACCAACACUCUUCAAGGUUCCGGAGGUGCAAUCAAGCAGUCCACUGUCUUGGAAGCCGCAAAAGCUGUCGAUUUUAGCAAACCGGACCAGAGCGUAGCGUUUGAGAAGAAGUACAGAGAGUUUCUCAACACGGCAAACAACGAACGAACCUCGACGAGCGGAAACAUUCUCCAUAAGCUAGCGGAUAAAUCAGAGGAUGACUGGUGGCAGGACAAGCACGAAGGAGAAGCCGGGGACGGCAGGUCUUUCUUGAGAUGGCUCCUCAAAAACUAUGAGCACAUGCUCAAGUGCGAAUACAAAAAGGACGACUCAAUUCCUUUGCAUUUCGCUCUCUACCACGAGAACCAUGCCUUUGUCAAGAUUGCUUUGGAUGGUCUCGAGCCGGAGGACUCGGAGAUUGCGCCCUCGUCUACCCUUGGGCAAAUCCUUCAACAUCGGAAUCGAGACGACGAGACUUGUCUUUACCUCGCCGUGAAGCACAACUCGGAGCAUGUCAAUCGAAUCAUCAAACUCUGCGCUCGGAUUGGAAACGAAGCCGGAGGCGUCCGCAGAAGCAAUGUUUUCGCUCAGCAGUCUCUUGCUGAUAAGUCCACUGCUCUGCACCAUGCAGUCAUGCUUCGGCAAGAAGAGACUCUGGCCAUCAACUUUGUCACUGACCCCCCGCUGGCGACAAUAGUAAAUGAAUCAAUGAAGGCCGACAUGAGGUUGGAGCUGAUAUCUUUGCAAGUGGUAAAUAAAAGCCCAGUUGACGAGAAGAGGCUCGAGAUGGUGAAACUCUUGAUGGAAUCCGAGUUUAUCCAAAACACUGCCAGCAAUGUUCGAGCAAUCCUGGCCAGGAUGAACUAUUCAGAAGAUAAGGACAAGAAACAUAACAAGGCACUCAAUUUGACCCCCUUCCAGACCAGAGUAGAGGGACUAGUGAGCAGGAUCUGGAAAGCAUACCGAGCACAUGCGACGACGGAGUUCAGGGGCCUUCCGGGGCCCAUCAAGGACAAACUCAAGAAGACGGCCCGCGAGCAAGCUUUGCAAACGGCUUUGGCCGAGGUGUAUGGAACAGACGAGAUACUCACCAUGAUGAAGCUGUUUUGCAUCGACAAAUUUCGCACCAAUAGAAAGAAUCUUUUGCAGGCUCUUUACGCUCCUGGUGAGGAGAGACACCUCGAAUUCAGCCUAUCGGGGCUCCGUGGCCAGACUUUAACCAAAGACUACCUGAAACGACUCGUCAAGCACUUGAAGUUUGAAUCCAUUCUCAUAUGUGUUAGUCUCCCGAGCUUGAUCUUCGAAACAGAUCCGGUCGAAAAUGGGUUCCCCAUCUCACAGGCAAACUCCAAUGCACGAAGCGGCGCAAAUUAUGCUGGCGAGCGAAGAUCUGAGGCUGUGGUGGCCAAUGCCAAAACGAACGAAGCCAUGAUGAAUGGGAAAGGCAGACGAGACCUGGUAUCGGUAUUUCAGUGGCUACGAGAGAACCAUGUCCGCACAAUAAAGAGGGUUGUUGUCAUCGACGACAGCGAUCGACCACAUUCCGACGGCGCGAUCGAGCAGGCCUUGAUGAACUUGGAUGUGGAAAUCUGGGACUGGAAGAAGCCUGACAUCUGCAGCGAUGUCAUCUAUUCUGUAGCCCCAAAUGUCCGCGAGGUCUCGCUUUACUGGUCAGGAAAUGCCGCUACCAUGUUGGGUUGGUACAGUAACGAAGGGUUUGCUAACCGCGAGAAGUUCAGGAAGGUAUGUUGCCCGUGA